AUGGGGAGAGGUAGGGUUCAGUUGAAGCGGAUCGAGAACAAGAUUAGCAGGCAAGUCACCUUCUCCAAAAGGAGGUCCGGUCUACUCAAAAAGGCUCAUGAGAUCUCAGUUCUUUGUGAUGCUGAGGUUGCUUUGAUAGUUUUUUCUACCAAGGGAAAGCUCUUUGAGUAUUCCACUGACUCAAGUAUGGAAAAAAUUAUUGAAAGAUAUGAAAGGUAUUCCUAUGCUGAGCAAAGAUUAAAUAUGACGAAUGACGAAUCGCAGGAAAAGUGGAAUCUCGAGUUUCCCAAGCUUGUAGCUCGGAUUGAACUUCUACAAAGAAACAUAAGGAAUUAUGUUGGAGAAGGUUUGGAUCCCCUCAACUUGAGAGAGCUUCAAAGUUUGGAGCAACAGCUUGAUACUGCUCUGAAGCGAAUUAGAACAAGGAAGAACCAACUUAUGCACGAGUCCAUUUCCGAGCUUCAGAAAAAGGAGAGAUCACUGCAGGAGCAAAACAACUUAUUAUUAAAGAAGGUGAAGGAAAAGGAGCAGCAGCAACAAAACUCGUCCAACUUUGUAUUUCCUCACCCUCCCCCACAAUCACUAAGGCCUUCAUCCCUCUCUAUUGGGGGUGCUUUUGAGCCAGCAGGAGCCCAAAACGAACAAGGUGGAGAUGAUGGAACUAUCCCUAACACUACUUCUCCCAUGCCGCCUUGGCUCCUCCGCCAUGCCAACAAAUAA